AUGGCUGAGCUCAGUUCAUCAGCCAAACGGCGGCAGCGAGCGAGACGAACACGGAGUAACCUCUGGGAAACCGCGGUGACUAAUACUCCAGCUCAAGGAUGUAAUACCGCUCCAAAUAAUGAUGCCGAGAUGGAGAUUAAGGCAUUGAGAGAACAAUUGGCCAUAGCAAAGGUCAAACCUUUGGAUUCCUUAGCAGUUAUUAUUCUCGGCGAAGUAUUGGGAGUUCAGGAACGCGAGGUUGAGAACACCGCUGCGAGGACUCAUGCCGAGAUGGAGGUCAAAGCCUUGAAGAAAGAGCUGGAAUCAGCGAAGGGGAAUGUUACGGAGAUCAUCACCUCGCUGGCCGAUGCUGAGAAGGAGAUUGAAGCCUUGAAGAAAAAAGUGGAAACAGCGGAGGAACGUGAUGCUGCCUCGAGAAGUGCUGCCGAAAAAGAGAUAGGGAUUUUGAAGGACCAAUUUGCAAAAGUGAAGCGAGACGCAGAGAACGGUGAACUCGCUUCCAAGGAACGAACACGAUCACUUCAAUGCCAGCUGGAGGAAACCAAACGGAGAAUGUCGGAGCUUGCUGAUGAAAACGUUAGGCAUAUUUCGGACGUAUCCAGAGCCGAAGAAGAGACUCGAAGAAUUAUGGAGGAUUUGCAGAAAACUCGCGCUGAGGCAUAUGAGAAGAUUACUGCAUUGCAAACUCAGAUAUCCCAGUAUGAUAAUCAAAACGUCCAUGAUACGAGGGACUCGGGGUUUCCUGGCUCUACCAUGUCGAACCGUACGUCCCGCAAUCUAGAUGGAUUAUCUACUCAUUCUGUUCCAUCCACUGUCUGCCUCGGGAACGCCAUUGGCAUAUCGAGUGUAUCCGAGGGAGUCCCCGGCCGCAAGAAUACCACGCCUAGUGUCGAUCAGAUGUAG